GGGAAGUGCUACAGAACUUGAGUUUAGAGCAUUGGGAGACAGAAGUUUUACGAUAUGCCUCGGGAUGAGAAGAGUCCCGGAAUGGCCUUCCCCCACAAAAUACCAAAAGAGGCAGAAGGAGACAAUGAAUGGGACAUUGGAGACCCCUUUGAUACCUUGGAGAAGCUCCAGGCACUCUCUCAUGGAGAGAAGGGGGAGAAGGCAUUGCUACGUUCCCGCCUCCAUGAGCAGUCUCAGCUGAUCUGUAUCCUGAAGAAGCGAGCAGAUGACCAACUCCUGCGCAGCAAGACACUAGAGCAGCUCAACACGGAGCUGGAAGAGCAAAGGAGGGCAGAUGCUCUGAGACUGGAGAGCCAGACGCGGCGCGUCCAGCAGCUGGAAGAGCGCUUCAUGGACUUGGCUGCCAACCACGAAGAUAUGAUCCACUUCAAAGACGAGCACAAACGGCAGAACAUGCAGCUGAGGGAAGAAAACCGCCGCCUGCGUCACGAGAACCAAAGCCUCUUCAGCCAGCCUAUGAAAGAGAAAGAGGCAGAGCUGGCGCAGCUGGCUUCAGAGUUUAAGAAACUCUCCAAGGAAAUGGAGUCCUUAAAAGAAAGGCAUAUACAGGACAGCCAUCAUGCCCAAGAGCGCGAGAAGGAGCUCCUGGAAGCCCAGAGCACGCAAGCCAGAGCUCAAACAGAGGAAAUUAACUCACUGAGAAGCCAAUUGGACAUCCUAGAGGAAAAACACAGCCAUGUCACUGAGCAACUGGAGCAAGCAGAGAAGCAGCUAAGAGAAGCGGACAACAGCCUGGAAGCCAAGCUCGAGAAGCUGACCAACGAGAAAGAGGAAUUGCUGAGCCUGACGAUGGACAGAGGCAAGGCACUGCAGGAAAAGCAACGGGAGAUCCUGCAACUAGAGAAGAAAGCAGAAGAUAUGGAGAAAGCCAAGCAGGCGGCAGAGCAGCGCUUUCAGGCUGAGGCUGCAAUGGUGGAUAGUAACCUCCGGGUUCGAGACCUACGACGGCAGCUAGAUGGGGCGGAGCAAGUAUACACAGAGCUCCGGAUGCAUUUUGAAGCUUAUAAGAAGCAUAGCACAGAGUUGCUUAAUAAAGAGAAAGAGUUAAAUACCAAGCUACGCCAUUUCAUGGCCUAAUCUAUACAUAUCUUGGCCAUUUGCUUCUAGCAGGAAUUCUAACAGCCUGCAACCUUUUUUUUUUUAAAAAAAAAACCUGAUAAUUUUUCUAUUGUAACUACCAAUUUUAACAUCUUUUGUUCAGAGUUAGAAAGACA